AUGGAGCAGCCCUCCACAAGCGCCGAGGCGGCCGCUGCCGCUGCGGGCAUUGGGCCGGAUCCACGACUGGAGCUGAUGGGUUCGUUUGUCAUCAAGUCAUUGAAACUUAAGCCGGAGAAAUGGACGCGUGUCAUCACGGUGGAGGAGCAUAAGGGCAUAAUUAAAGAGUUUCUGGAUCGCAGUGUACCCGUUGUACUAAUCAUAAUACUCACGCCCGCUGCGCAGCUGGUGCCCUCCACCACAUUCCCCCUCUCGCAGCUAAAGAGCAAGGGUGUCUACUUUAUUAAGCGAUAUGCCCAGCCCAUACCACGUGAGAACUGCGCCAAUUUUAUAAUCUUUGGUGACCUCGCGACCCGGACAAUUGACCAGCUGUCUGCUCUGGUGGAGGAGGUGCUGGUGCCACUGCUCUCCAAUGAGGACAACUAUCGCAGCUGGCCAAUAAUGGUCGCCCAGGAUGUGCAGAAGCAUGUGCACAGCCUGAAGAGCACGGUGCAUCAGGUAAAGGGUCAGGUGAGCGGCGAAACCAUUCUGGCCAUGCCCGUGGGCGUUGAGAAAAUCGUUAAGGCUGCCAAGGAGUUGACCGAAACGCAGCAUUGCCAAUUCGAUUUGUAUCUGAAGAGUGCCAUUGAGGGCGUUGUCAUUAAGUGGGCCACCCAAAUCCACGAAGUCAUCAAGGAGAGUCCAACAAAUGCCUUUGCCAACGGACAGAAUCCAACGCCGCACACAGAAUUCACAUUUUGGAAUAAUCGACUCAAGAAUCUAUCCUUUAUCUACGACCAAUUGCGCAAUGAGCGCAUUCGAGCCAUGGCCCUAAUAUUGGAGUACUCGUCGAGUGCCUAUCAUCCGUGCUUUCAGACACUUUUCAAGAAUGUUGUUACGGCACUUGCCGAGUCAAAGGAUAUAACGCUCUAUUUGAACCCAUUGAAUCGGCCCCUGCAUCAGCUGGAGGAAAUUGAUUUUGCCGAAUACAAGCCGCUACUCAUCCCCUUUAUGCAUACUGUGUGCACUCUGUGGGGCAACUCUCGCUACUAUUGCCAAUCGGCGAAAAUCACUGUGCUGUUGCAGGAGAUAUGCAAUUUGAUUAUACAUCAGGCCAAGCGUUAUUUGGACCCAUCGUCCAUAUUCCAUAGCGAUAUUGAUGAGGCCAUGCAGCGUUUAACCCUGUCCAUACAAAUACUAAAGUUCUUUCGCGAACUAUUUGAUUAUUAUAAGGAACGUUUAGCUGCGUUUUUUACGGAACCUGAGGAGCGGCCACCGAUUUUGUGGACUUUUCAUCCAAAUUCAGUUUUCAAGCGCUUUAAUGCGUUCCUUGAGCGUUUAACAACAAUUCAGUGGUUCUUCUUUACUGUGAUUGAAUUCCUGAAAUUAGAGAAAGUCGAAAUCGGUGGACUGCGUGGACGCCAGCUAAGCACAAGAAUUACUGAUGUCUACGUCGAGUUCAAUCAAUAUUUUACCGCAUUUGCAUCGAAAAGCUACGAUGUCCUCGAUCCAGAUGAUCAUGAGUUUGAUGAGGACUUUAAGGGCUUUCAAACACGCAUACUGGAGCUGGACAUGAAGCUGGCUGCCAUAUUGUGUCAGGCCUUCGAUGAUUGUCAUAACUUAGAGAGUAUUUUCAAGCUUAUAAGCAUUGUGGGCAGUGUUCUGGAUCGUCCAAAAAUUAAGGAGGAGUUCACGCAACGCUAUGCGGAAAUUGUCCGCAUGCUCGAUGAUGAGAUGACAGUCUGUGAGAAUAUAUACGACAAGCAAAUGGAGCUGAUCCGCGAGGGCGAAACACUUUAUCCCGACUACAAUUGCCCCUCCGUGGCAGCCUUUAUACGCUGGUGCUACCAGCUGGAGACCCGCAUUACGGCGCCAGUGAAGAACUUCAAGGCACUGCAGCAUGACAUUACGAAGGAGGAGAAAUCCCUGGAAAUUGUCGAACGUUAUGAGUGUUUAAUGACCAAGUUAGGCGCCUGUAAGACGCAAUUCUUUGAUGAUUGGUCCGUGCAACUGGCGGACCAAAUCGAGGAGGAUCUUAAGAAGUCACUCAUUGGACGCGAUCAGCACAGCCAUUCGUUGAUACUCAACUUCAGCACCACACUCUUUUCCAUACUGCGCGAGGUGCACUAUAUGCAGCAAAUGAAAAUUGAUGGGAUACCCGAGAUAGCCAUCGAGUUUGCAGAGAAGAGCGAUGUGUUCCGCUCGUAUACACUAAAUCUGGAGAAGACCAUCGAUUGGUACAACAGCAUACAGGAGGGCAGCUCAACGGUUGAGCUCAAACUGAUUGAGUCCGAGAUUAAAAUGAUUGAUGAUCUGGUUAAAAUCGGUGUGGAUCAUCUUGUUUGGAAUUCGGCAGACAUCAUGGACUACCUGGAGAAGCUACGCAAGCCUGUGGCUGAAUUGCGCAAUCGCGUGAAUCACACACAGGAGAAUCUGCGACAAGUACGCAAAAUAAUGGAGGUGUGGGCAAAGCAGCCCCUCUUUGAGCGUCGUGACUGCAAAAAGGACUCGGUGUUGUCCCUAGAUGAGCGACCCGAUCGCACGGCCAAGCGUUAUGCAGAGAUUCAGGCGGCCUCAUUGGAGAUACAUAAACUUCUCCAGGACAACAUGUUGCAGUUUGACAUGGAGCAGAAGCAAAACGAUGAUGUUUGGUUGAGUUACGUGGACUUUGUCGAUAAUAUUGUCUAUGAGAACAUACUGCGCACUGUGGGCGUCAGUGUUGGCUACUUGGCUGAGAACAUGGAUCCGGACAACAAUUAUGCGCCACUCUUUGAGUCACGACUGGAACUUGUGGAACCAAAUUUGGUAUUUGUGCCUUCGUUGGAACCCGAAGAUCCCAUGGGCUUCAACAAUAUGCUGAUUGAGCUGAUGCGGGAUAUAAUGAAGAUGGGUUCGCUUGUAAAGCGACUCAAGCCCAAUGAGAAACGCAACUAUGUGGAGCUGAUCAAGGAGAAUCAGGAUAUUAUUGACAUGCGUCGCGAGAUACUCAAUGGCGUUGAUCUGGUCAUGGAGGAAGCAUCCCGAUUCUGUCGGCAAUUCGAACGAUACUCGUAUUUGUGGUUAGACGAUCGCGAGGAGUGCAUGGAAUAUUUUCUGGAAUAUGGACGGAUGCUGGAUCCAGAUGAAAUAGAACUGAUUCAGAUGAAUGAUCCGGCAGCACCACCGCCACCACAACCCUGUCAACCGACAAUUGAGGCCUUUCGGGAGCAGAUUGACAAUUACGAAUCGCUCUUCAGCGAGAUUGAGGACAUACCAGCAUUUCAGGUGUUUAGCUCUUGGUUCCAAGUGGAUGUGCGACCCUUUCGACAGGCCCUGCUCAACACCGUCUGCAAGUGGGGCAACAUGUUUAAGGAGCAUCUGGUGACGACUGUCACAUCAAGUCUGAUGGAUCUCAGUCAUUUUAUACGCAAGGCCGAUGAGGGCCUCUUGCAAACGGUCAAAGAGAAGGACUAUGAGGGAUUGGUCAGCAUUAUGGCCUACCUGAUGCAGGUGAAGGAGCGUGCAGCCAACACGGAUGAGAUGUUUGAGCCAAUGCAGGAGACCAUACAGCUACUCAAAUACUAUGACAUGGACAUACCCGAGGAGGUGAACGUGCUGCUGCAGGAGCUGCCCGAACAGUGGGCAAACACCAAGAAGAUUGCCACAACGGUGAAGCAGCAGGUUUCCCCACUCCAAGCCACCGAAGUGGUUAGCAUAAGGCAUAAAAUAACGGUAUUCGAGGCGCACAUACAACUCUUCCGGGAGGUCUUCAAGCAAUACGAUUUCUUUCGCUUCGAUUGCUAUAAGCCUUACUUACUCAUGGAUCGCAUCAACGAUGACAUGUUCCUCUGCGAGCGGGAAAUGGGCGAGAUACAGAAGUCGGGCAGUCUCUUUGAAGUGAAUAUACCGGAGUUUAAGGUGCUCAAGCAAUGCCGUAAGGAGCUGCGCAUGCUGAAGCAACUCUGGGAUUAUGUGAAUAUAGUUCAGACCUGCAUUGAGGAUUGGAAGACGACGCCUUGGCGCAAAGUCGAUGUGGAGAAUAUGGAUAUUGAGUGCAAGAAAUUUGCCAAGGAUAUACGACUAUUGGAUAAGGAGAUGCGCGCCUGGGACACGUUCAUCAAUCUCGAGUCGACGGUGAAGAAUAUGUUGACCUCCCUUCGUGCCGUCGGCGAGCUACAGAAUCCGGCGAUUCGCGAGCGUCACUGGAAUCAGCUGAUGAACUCCACCAAGAGUCUGGCCGCCUUGCCCAAGGAAGUGACCGUGAAAUUCAUAAUGGAUCAUGAGACAACGCUUGCGGAACUAUUAGGCUUAAAUCUGCACGAAUGCGAGGAGGAAGUGAAAAAUAUUGUGGAUAAAGCCGUUAAGGAGAUGUCAAUGGAGAAGAUAUUGCGUGACUUGAAUUCCACAUGGUCGGCCAUGGAGUUCGACAAUGAGCUGCACCCGCGCACUGGCUGUAAACUCCUUAAGACAUCGGAAGAACUCAUAGAGACGCUUGAAGAGAAUCAGGUGUGCCUACAAAAUUUAAUAACAUCCAAGUACAUCGCCCAUUUCCUCGAGGAAGUUUCAACUUGGCAAAAUAAAUUAAUGGUUGCUGAUCAAGUGAUUACCGUUUGGUUUGAGGUGCAACGCACUUGGACCCAUCUUGAGAGUAUCUUCAUGAGUUCGGAAGACAUACGCAAACAGCUCCCCGUCGAUUCGGAACGUUUCGAUAAUAUCGAUGCCGAGUUCCGUAUACUCAUGGAUGAGAUGUCCCUCUCAUCGAAUGUGGUGGCAUCAACGAAUCGAGCUGGCCUGAUCGAACGUCUGGAGCAUUUGCAAAAGGAGCUGACGCUGUGCGAGAAGGCACUGGCAGAGUAUUUGGAAACAAAACGUUUGGCUUUUCCUCGUUUCUAUUUUGUAUCAUCGGCCGAUCUGCUCGAUGUACUCAGCAAUGGCAUCCAACCCGAAAUGGUUACCAAACAUCUGACCAAACUAUUCGAUUCAAUUGCACGGCUCAAAUUCAAUCGCGAUGCGGCUAAUGAGAUAGAGACAGCUUCCGGCAUGUAUGCCAAAGAUGGCGAAUACGUUGAAUUUAAUGAACUGGCCAGUAUACGCGGCCCGGUUGAAGUGUGGCUAAAUCGCAUACAAGCGGCGAUGCGUGCCUCACUGCGUCAUUAUGUCACCGAAGCUGUCGUCGCUUAUGAGGAAAAGCAACGUGAACAAUGGUUAUUCGAUUAUCCUGCACAGGUCUCGCUAUGCGGCUCACAAAUCUGGUGGUCCACCGAGGUGAACAUUGCGUUCAGUCGUUUGGAGGAGGGCUACGAUAAUGCCAUCAAGGAUUAUUACAAAAAACAAAUCUCACAGCUCAGUUUACUCAUUACACUGCUGCUCGGCGAGCUGACCAAGGGGGAUCGUCAGAAAAUUAUGACGAUAUGCACAAUUGAUGUGCAUUCGAGAGAUGUGGUCGCUAAGAUGAUUCAGGCCAAAUUGGAUUCAGGUUCGGCUUUUAUGUGGCAAUCGCAGUUGCGGCAUCGCUUUGACGAUGUCGAGAAAGAUUGCUUUGCCAAUAUUUGCGACGCUGAGUUCCAGUAUUGUCACGAAUACUUAGGCAAUACACCACGCCUGGUCAUCACGCCGCUCACAGAUCGCUGUUACAUAACACUCACACAGAGCUUACACUUGGUAAUGGGCGGCGGACCAGCUGGUCCGGCGGGCACCGGUAAAACGGAGACAACUAAAGAUCUGGGACGUGCCUUGGGCAUCAUGGUCUACGUGUUUAAUUGCUCCGAACAAAUGGAUUAUCAAUCAUGUGGUAACAUUUACAAGGGUUUGGCUCAAACGGGCGCCUGGGGCUGCUUCGAUGAAUUUAAUCGGAUUACGGUCGAGGUGCUGUCCGUUGUGGCCGUGCAGGUUAAGUCCGUACAGGACGCCAUACGCGACAAAAAGGACAAAUUCAAUUUUAUGGGCGAGUUCAUUACGUGUGUGCCCACCGUGGGCAUAUUCAUAACCAUGAAUCCCGGAUAUGCCGGACGCACAGAGCUGCCAGAGAAUCUAAAGGCACUGUUUCGUCCCUGCGCCAUGGUGGUACCCGACUUUGAGCUCAUAUGCGAAAUUAUGUUGGUCGCCGAGGGAUUCCAGGAUGCACGCGUCCUCGCUCGCAAAUUCAUCACACUGUACACGCUGUGCAAGGAGCUGCUAUCCAAACAGGAUCACUACGACUGGGGCUUGCGUGCCAUCAAGUCGGUGCUCGUGGUCGCCGGCUCACUUAAGCGCGGCGAUCCUGGUCGACCGGAGGAGGAGGUGCUGAUGCGCGCAUUGCGCGACUUCAAUAUACCGAAAAUUGUCACAGAUGAUAUGCCCGUGUUCAUGGGGCUCAUCAGCGAUUUAUUUCCCGCUUUGGAUGUGCCUCGCAAACGUGAUCAGGACUUUGAACGCACCGUAAAACAAGCUGCCUCCGAUUUGCUACUACAACCGGAAGAUAAUUUUAUAUUGAAAGUAGUGCAACUGGAGGAACUGUUGGAGGUACGUCAUUCUGUAUUCAUUGUUGGCAAUGCUGGCACCGGUAAAACCCAAGUGUGGAAGACGCUGCUGCGCACCUAUCAGAACAUUAAACGGAAGCCCAUAUUCAAUGACUUGAAUCCAAAAGCGGUGACCAAUGAUGAACUUUUCGGCAUUAUCAACCCGGCGACACGCGAAUGGAAGGAUGGCCUGUUCUCAGUGCUAAUGCGGGACCAAGCAAACAUAACGGGUGAUCAACCCAAGUGGAUUGUGCUCGAUGGCGACAUCGAUCCCAUGUGGAUCGAGAGCUUAAAUACCGUUAUGGAUGACAACAAAGUCUUAACUUUGGCCAGCAAUGAGCGCAUUGCGUUAACACCUUCGAUGCGUUUGCUCUUUGAGAUCUCCAACCUGAGAACAGCGACACCGGCAACCGUAUCCAGAGCUGGCAUACUGUACAUAAAUCCCCAGGACUUGGGUUGGAAUCCCUAUGUGACCAGUUGGGUUGAAACGCGCAAAAUUCCAGCCGAAAAGUCCAAUUUGGUCAUGUUAUUCGAUAAGUACAUACCGCCCUCAUUGGAGACGAUACGCGUGCGCUUCAAAAAGAUCACGCCUGUCGCUGAAAUGGCCCACAUACAAAUGCUGUGCCAUCUGCUAAACUGUUUUCUAAUACCAGCGAAUACGCCGGCCGAUUGCCCAAAAGAAUGGCACGAAUUGUACUUUGUUUUUGCCUGUAUUUGGGCAUUCGGUUCGGCCAUGUUCCAGGAUCAAGCCAUUGACUAUCGCGUGGAAUUCAGCAAAUGGUGGGUAAAUGAGUUCAAAACUGUUAAGUUUCCAUCGGGUGGAACAGUUUUCGAUUAUUUUUUGGAUUGCGAUACAAAGACUUUUAUGCUGUGGUCGGAGAAGAUACCGAAGUUUGAGCUGGAUUCGGAUCUACCAUUGCAAGCUGUGCUUGUGCACACCUCCGAGUCAAUACGACUGCGCUUUUUCCUGGAUCUACUGAUGGAUAAGAAGCACCCGGUGAUGCUAGUGGGCAAUGCCGGUUGCGGCAAGACCGUACUGGUCAAUGAGAAGCUUCAAUCGCUUUCUGAGAAUUACGCUGUCACCACAAUACCAUUCAAUUUCUAUACAACGUCCGAAAUGUUGCAAAAGAUCCUUGAGAAGCCGCUGGAGAAGAAGGCGGGUCGCAACUACGGACCGCCCGGCAACAAGACCUUGAUCUACUUUAUUGACGACAUAAACAUGCCCGAGGUGGACUGCUACGGCACCGUCCAGCCGCACACCCUAAUGCGACAGCAUCUGGACUAUGGCCAUUGGUAUGAUCGCAACAAGCUGACCCUCAAGGAUAUACAUAACUGUCAGUAUGUGGCCUGCAUGAAUCCCACCUCAGGCAGCUUCACCAUCAAUCCACGUCUGCAGCGACACUUCUGCGUCCUGGCCGUCAGCUUCCCCGCCGCGGACUCUAUCACGCUCAUGUAUUCGGCCAUUUUGGCACAGCACUUUGCCAAUGCCGAGCAGAAGUUUAUGCCGAUUGUCAUGCGGAUGACACCCAACAUUGUGGCAGCCACAAUUGCGCUGCAUAACAAAUGUCUACAGGUGUUUUUACCCACGGCUGUUAAAUCGCAUUAUAUCUUCAAUCUGCGCGAUAUCAGCAAUGUAUUUCAAGGUCUGCUUUUUAGUUCGACGGAUUGUUUGACGGGCCCAACAGAUCUUAUACGUUUGUGGCAACAUGAGACACAGCGUGUGUACUCGGAUAAGCUGAUCGAUGAUAAGGAUAUUGAUAGCUUUACUAAAAUGCAGCAUGACAUUGUCAAGAAGUCGUUCGAAGAAAUUGACGAAUCCGUGAUAUUCGACAAGCCGAAUAUUUACUGUCAUUUCGCUGGAGGAAUUGGUGAUCCUAAGUACAUGCCAAUCAAGGCCUGGCCUGAGCUUCACAAACUCCUUCAGGAAGCAAUGUCAUCGUAUAAUGAUCUAGUCGCUGCCAUGAAUCUGGUGUUAUUCGAGGAUGCGAUGAUGCACGUGUGCAGAAUCAAUCGCAUAUUAGAAUCGCCGCGUGGCAGCGCGUUAUUGGUUGGUGUUGGUGGCAGUGGAAAACAAUCUCUAGCGCGCUUGGCAGCAUUCAUAUCCAGCUUGGAGGUUGUGCAGAUACAGCUCAAAAAGGGUUACGGUGUCAACGAUUUAAAGUGCGAGUUUUCCGGCUUGUAUUUGAAAGCUGGAUUGAAAAACGUUAGCAUCAUGUUUUUAAUGACGGAUGCGCAAAUACCGAGCGAGGAUUUUCUUGUCUUAAUCAACGAUUUGUUAGCCACUGGCGAGAUUCCAGAUCUAUUUCCGGAUGACGAAAUCGAGAAUAUAAUCGCUGGCGUGCGUAAUGAGGUCAAAGGUGCGGGACUGGUUGAUACGCGUGAAAACUGCUGGAAAUUCUUCAUCGAUCGUGUGCGCAAACAACUGAAGAUAGUUCUGUGUUUUUCACCAGUGGGUUCAACAUUGCGUGUUCGGUCGAGAAAAUUCCCUGCCAUCAUCAAUGCAACAUCCAUCAAUUGGUUCCACGAAUGGCCUCAGGAGGCACUCAUAUCGGUUGCCAUGAAUUUCCUCGCACAGAACAAAGUGCUGCCAGAGAAUCAUCGCGAUUCUGUGGCCAAGUUCAUGGCCUAUGUACACACGUCGGUCAAUACGACGUCCAAGGUUUAUUUACAGAACGAACGCCGCUACAACUACACCACACCCAAGAGCUAUCUCGAACAGAUCAAUCUAUAUCUGAAGCUACUCAAUCACAAGCACGACGAUUUGCAGAGCAAAAUCGAACGAUUAGAGAAUGGGCUGGAGAAGCUACGCUCCACCGCUGUCCAGGUGGCAGAUCUCAAGGUCAAACUGGCCGUACAGGAGGUGGAGCUGAAGGAGAAGAACGAUGCAGCCGAUGCCUUGAUCGAAAUUGUGGGCAUUGAAACGGAAAAGGUGCAAACGGAAAAAGCCGUGGCCGAUGAGGAGGAAAUGAAGGUUGCCUUGAUAGCCGACGAAGUGAGCAAAAAGCAGCGAGAUUGCGAGGAGGAUCUCCUCAAAGCCGAGCCAGCUUUAUUAGCCGCUCAAGAGGCUCUGAAUACCCUCAACAAAGCUAACUUAACUGAACUUAAAAGCUUUGGUUCUCCGCCGGGCGCGGUUACUAAUGUAACGGCUGCUGUUAUGGUGCUCCUGGCACCUGGCGGCAAGCUGCCCAAAGAUCGCUCCUGGAAGGCAGCCAAAAUCUCCAUGGCCAAGGUAGAUGCCUUUCUGGAUGGUCUGAUCACCUACGACAAGGAAAACAUACAUCCCGAAAUCAUCAAAGCCAUCCAACCCUAUCUCAAGGAUCCCGAAUUCGAGCCAGAGUUUGUGCGCUCCAAAUCCGGCGCCGCAGCUGGACUCUGCGCCUGGGUCAUCAACAUAAUCAAGUUCUAUGAGGUGUACUGCGAUGUGGAGCCGAAGCGCAAGGCACUUGCCGCAGCCAACGCGGAGCUGGCAGCCGCCCAGGAUAAACUGUCGGGCAUCAAACGCAAAGUGAUGAGCCUUGAGGAACAGCUGGCCAAGCUUACAGCGGACUUUGAGACGGCCAUUGCCGAUAAAUUGCGUUGUCAACAGGAAGCGGAUGCCACACAAGCGACCAUCGCGCUGGCCAAUCGUCUGGUGGGCGGUUUGGCCAGUGAAAACGUGCGCUGGGCUGAAGCAGUCAAUAACUUCGUCAAGCAGGGAAUUACGUUACCCGGCGAUAUACUACUCAUAACCGCCUUCAUUUCCUAUGUCGGCUGUUUCACGAAAGGCUUUCGCAUUGAUCUAUUGCUAAAGAUGUGGACACCCUUUCUGAAGAGCAUUGAUCCGCCCAUACCCACAACCGAAAAUCUCGAUCCGCUGACGCUGCUUACGGAUGACACGACCAUCGCCGUUUGGACAAAUGAGGGACUGCCUAGCGAUCGCAUGUCCAUUGAGAAUGCUACAAUUCUAUCCAAUUCGGAUCGUUGGCCACUGAUGAUUGAUCCUCAGUUGCAGGGCGUCAAGUGGAUUAAGCAGAAAUAUGGCGAGGAGCUAAAGGUCAUACGACUGGGCCAACGCAACUAUUUGGAUAUCAUUGAAAAGUCCAUUAAUACCGGCAUCACAGUCCUGAUCGAGAACAUUGAUGAAAAUCUGGACCCUGUUCUAGACUCAUUGCUCGGACGUAAUCUAAUUAAGAAGGGCAAAGCCAUUAAAAUAGGUGACAAGGAGAUCGAGUACAAUUCCACUUUCCGUUUGAUCCUGCACACUAAACUAGCUAAUCCGCACUAUAAGCCAGAGAUGCAAGCACAGACAACGCUUAUUAAUUUUACCGUUACACGCGAUGGCCUGGAGGAUCAGCUACUCGCUGAAGUAGUCAAGGCGGAACGACCCGAUCUGGAGGAUCUCAAGGCCGAAUUAACCAAACAACAGAAUGACUUUAAAAUCAUGCUAAAGAAGCUGGAGGAUGAUCUACUCUCGCGUCUUUCGUCGGCGGGUGAGAAUAUUUUAGGUGAUACCGCAUUGGUGGAGAAUCUGGAGACAACGAAGAGCACUGCCUCCGAUAUUGAGGAGAAAGUGGCAGAGGCAAAGAUCACAUCCAAGGAAAUCGAUAAGGCUAGAGAAUAUUACAGACCAGCUGCGGCCCGAGCAAGUCUCUUGUAUUUUAUACUCAACGAAUUGAACACAAUAAAUCCAAUCUAUCAGUUUUCACUGAAGGCGUUUAGCGUAGUGUUCCAAAAGGCCAUAGCCAAGGCUGAACCGGGCGAAACUUUGGAUUUGCGUGUUUCAAAUCUGAUCGAUUGCAUUACGUAUUCGGUCUUUCAGUAUACUUCGCGUGGUCUUUUCGAAUGCGACAAGCUCAUCUUUGCCUCGCAAAUGACUUUUCAGAUACUGUUGAUGAACGAGGAGGUCUCAUCUGCGGAACUGGACUUCCUACUCCGCUUCCCGAUCAAGCCACAUGUCACAAGUCCUGUGGAUUUUUUGAGUAACCAAUCGUGGGGCGGAAUUUGCAGUCUAGCGUCCAAAGAUGAGUUUCGGAACUUGGACCGGGACAUUGAGACAUCAUCGAAACGCUGGAAAAAGCUCGUGGAGUCGGAGCUGCCGGAGAAGGAGAAAUUUCCACAGGAAUGGAAGAAUAAAACCGCAUUGCAGCGCCUCUGCAUGAUCAGAGCCCUGAGACCCGAUCGCAUGACCUAUGCCCUUGCUGACUUUAUUGAGGAGAAACUGGGCUCGAAAUAUGUUGAGAAUCGUGCCAUGGAAUUCGCCAAGUCCUACGAGGAAGCUAGCCCUUCGACGCCCAUUUUCUUUAUACUCUCGCCUGGCGUGAAUCCCCUAAAGGAUGUUGAAGCCCUGGGCAAACAGUUGGGUUUCUCCUUGGAUCUGGGCAACUUUCACAAUGUGUCCUUGGGUCAAGGCCAGGAAUCAAUUGCGGAAACAGCUAUGGAUACGGCGGCUAAAAAUGGACACUGGGUCGUCCUACAGAACAUCCAUUUGGUGCGCAAAUGGCUGCCAGUACUGGAGAAGAAGUUGGAGCACUACGCAGAUGGCUCACAUUCGGAUUAUCGUAUGUUCCUGAGCGCGGAGCCGGCCUCAACGCCAUCGGCACAUAUCAUACCACAGGGCAUCUUGGAGUCAUCAAUAAAAAUCACGAAUGAGCCGCCAACAGGCAUGUUGGCCAACCUGCACAAGGCAUUGGAUAAUUUUACACAGGAAACUCUGGAAAUGUCUGGCAAGGAAGCUGAAUUUAAAGCCAUACUCUUCUCCUUGUGCUACUUUCACGCUGUAGUCGCUGAGCGACGCAAAUUUGGUCCACAAGGUUGGAACAAAAUCUAUCCCUUCAACGUGGGCGACUUGAAUAUAAGCGUUUCGGUGCUUUAUAACUAUUUGGAGGCGAAUGCCAAAGUGCCUUGGGAGGACUUGCGUUAUCUGUUUGGUGAGAUCAUGUAUGGCGGUCAUAUAACCGAUGACUGGGACAGACGCUUGUGCAUUACAUAUUUGGAGGAGUAUAUGCAACCGGAUCUGGUCGAUGGCGAGCUGUAUUUGGCACCCUCGUUUCCCGCUCCGCCCAACACCGACUAUGUGGGCUAUCACACGUAUGUGGAUGAUAUGAUGCCAGCCGAGUCUCCCUAUCUAUAUGGACUGCAUCCCAAUGCGGAGGUCGGUUUCCUCACCACACGAGCGGAAAUCAUCUUCCGCACCGUUUUCGAAAUGCAGCCAAGAGAUGCGGGUGCAGGAGGUGGUGCCACAGUUACACGCGAGGACAAAGUUAAGCAAAUUGUGGAUGAGAUCAUUGAGAAGCUGCCGGAGGAGUUUAACAUGGUAGAGAUUAUGAACAAAGUCGAGGAGCGUACGCCAUAUGUGAUUGUGGCGUUUCAGGAAUGCGAACGCAUGAAUUACCUAACCAGCGAAAUGAAACGCAGCCUGAAGGAGCUCGACCUGGGCUUGAAGGGUGAAUUGACCAUCACAUCGGAUAUGGAGGUGCUUGAGAAUUCAUUGUUUCUGGAUCAAGUGCCGCCGAUAUGGGCACAACGUGCCUAUCCCUCGCUGCUGGGUCUCAACAAUUGGUUCAUCGAUUUGUGUCUGCGACUGCGAGAGUUGGAAACUUGGUCCACCGAUUUUGUGCUACCCUCCUGCGUCUGGCUGGCGGGCUUCUUUAACCCCCAAUCGCUGCUAACAGCCAUCAUGCAGAGCACGGCGCGACGCAACGAGCUGCCGCUGGACAAGAUGUGCCUGCAGUGUGACGUGACUAAGAAGCAGAAGGAGGAAUUUACUACGGCACCGCGGGACGGCUGCUGUGUGCAUGGCAUCUAUAUGGAGGGCGCCAGAUGGGAUAUACAGCAGGGUAUUAUUAUGGAAUCACGUCUCAAAGAACUUUAUCCAUCAAUGCCAGUGAUCAAUAUUCGAGCCAUUACCCAAGACAAGCAGGACUUGAGAAACAUGUACGAAUGCCCCGUUUAUAAGACACGCACCCGUGGUCCGACCUACGUGUGGACCUUCAAUUUGAAGACCAAAGAUAAGCCAGGCAAAUGGACGCUGGCGGGCGUGGCGCUCCUCUUACAGACCUAGACAAUUUUAGAAAUCUUUUCAACUAUUGAUAGUUUUUUUUUUAUAUCGAUUAUUAAUGUUAUAGAAUAUUUUAAUGUGGUAUUUUCUUCUUCCACAUAGUCAAAAAUUUUGUAUUCUCCACUUAUCAAUUACACUAGAUUGAUAAAUUGAUGUUUAUACUAUUCAACAACCUCCUAAGUAGAAAAUUUUAAAAUUAAUAUUUAUUAACUUGAUUAUAUUACACGAAUUUUUUCCUACUCUA